AUCUUUUCCAUCCUAUUCUAGUUCUCUAUUUUCCAUUUCAUUUUGUCAACGAAUUCAUUUUUUUUUCCCCUAAGAAAAAUACAUGUUGAAUCGACUAAAAGCCUUACAAUCAAAACCAUUUAGCUCAAAUCUCUAACAUAUUACUAGAAUAAGAACUAUUCGUUUUCACGUAGACAUUGGCUUCAUUAAGCUUUCUCCGUGUGAUGUAGACCUCAAAGAAACAAUAGAUAUACAUACAUACAUACAUACAUGUAUAUAGAUAUAGAUAUAUACAUACAGGAAUAUAAAUUUAACCAUAUAGAUAAAGAUGAUGACCCAGAAACAAUGCUCAAAACAACUGAGUUUGAAUACUAUUUCAUCAUCUUUGUGUGAUGCAACAAAAAAAUGAAAGGGAUGUUUUUUUAGUAAGAUUAAUCUAUUUAUAUUUUAUAGGCAACUGAGGGCAGGAAGUCAGUGACCUUGAAACAAUGGCCACCAUUUCUGAGCUCCAACACUACUUGAUCCUCUUCAUCCUCUUCUUCAUCACAACUCAACUUCUUCUCUCCAUCUAUAAGAAAUAUUCAAGGAAACCUACUAUUCAUCAUCUCCAACUCCUCCCAAGCCCACCGGCUCUUCCAGUCAUUGGUCACCUCCAUUACCUUUCGUUAUCAGUGCACAAAUGCUUCAAUAAUCUUUCCAAAUAUGGGCAUCUCCUCUAUCUACGUUUUGGCUCAUAUCAGUGCAUUCUUGUUUCAUCGGCUUCAUUGGCCACUGAAAUCUUCAAAAGAAAUGACCUUGCUGUUUCACAAAAGCCAGUUCUUAAUGGGAAUUCUAAGUUGUUUGGAAACUCAUCUUUUUUGGCUGCUCCAUAUGGAGAUUACUGGAGGUUCAUGAAGGAAGUGUGCAUGACUGAACUGCUAGGAACAAUACAUCUGAAAAGGUCAAAAAGUGUUAGACAUGAAGAACUCGCCAAGUUUCUCCACAAAAUUCUGGAGAAGGCUAAGGAAGGUGAGACUGUCGAUUUGGGUGAAGAGGUAACCAGGUUUGCAAAAAAUACUAUAAUCAGGAUGGCAAUUAACACAAAAUCAGAUGGCGAGGCAGAGAAGGUUUCAGAGUUGGUGACCGGGGCAUUUGAAUUGUCUGCAAAGAUGACUUUGACCCAUAUGAUGGGUCCUUUGAAGAUGUUGGGUUUCUGGGUGUAUAGGAAAAGAUAUAUGGAUGUGACUGGGAGGUUAGAUGAGUUUAUGGAGAAGGUUGUGAAAGAGCAUGAAGAACCGAGUGGCUUGGAGAACAAGGACUUGUUGGAUAUUCUCUUGGAAGUUCAGCAAGAUCCCACGGCUCGAGUUAAGAUUACCUGGAACCAUAUCAAGGCUUUCUUGUCAGAGUUGCUGAUUGGAGGCAUUGGUACCACAGCAGAAACCAUCCCGUGGGUGAUGGCAGAGCUCAUAAACCAUCCUGAAAUAUUCAAGAAGGUUAGGGAUGAGAUAAAGUCUAUUGUUGGGAGCACUAGACUGGUGGAAGAGUCAGAUAUCUCUAACCUCCAUUACUUGCAAGCAGUUGUGAAGGAGACAAUGAGACUUCACCCUGCAGCGCCUAUGAUUCCAAGAAAAACCAACAAGGAUAUCAGAAUUGGAGGCUUUGAGAUCCCUGCUAAUACUGCAAUAGCCAUUAAUGCAUAUGUGAUAAUGAGGGAUCCAAAUUCAUGGGACAAGCCCAAUGAAUUCAAUCCUGAGAGAUUCAUGAUCUCUUCUACUGAAAACCCAAAUGAGACAAUGAGCCCGAAGAUAAUCAAUUUUCUCCCAUUUGGGGCAGGAAGGAGGAUGUGCCCUGGUAAAAAUUUAGCACUUGCUGUGUUGACUACCGCUGUGGCGGCCAUGGUUCAAUGCUUUGAUUGGAAGGUUGGUGGGGGUACAGAUGGAGAGAAAGUGAACAUGGAAGUUGGUCCAGGCAUUACUAUGCGCAUGGCUCAUCCUUUUUUAUGUCUUCCAGCAGUUCACUUCAAUCCAUUUGCUGCAUAA